AUGCCUGGGUCGACAAGAACCAGCGAAGACUUUGUCAAGAUUGAAGUCGGCGACGGGGGAGAGGUGGGACUCCCGCAUGGAGAAGCCCCUGUUCAGGGAUACAGAGUAUUCAAGAGGAGAUGGAUCGGUCUCGUUGCUCUCUUCUUGUUGAAUGUUGCUUCUGGCAUGAAUGCGCUAUGGUUUGCCGCUAUCAGUGUUGACACGUCCAAGCAGUUCCUCAUCUCGCUCCACCAAGUUACAUGGCUGCUCAACGUUGUCAAUUUAGUGUAUAUCCCAUCAUCUAUAGCUGUUCCUCCCAUCACUCGUCGGUACGGGAUACCCUCUGUAAUAAUGGCAGCCGGUUCCUGGGUCCGUUACGGGGCAUACUCGCACACUCUAUCCUCUCCACAUGCCUAUGCAAUUAUCUUCUUCGGACAGUUUUUCUCUGGCUUUGCUCAGCCGUGGUUCCAGAUUCUAGGACCAAAAUACUCCGAGCUUUGGUUCGACUUACAGGGUAGGACGACAGCGACCGCGAUCAUUGCCAUCGCAAAUCCCAUCGGUUCUGCUUUGGGUGAGCUGAUAUCGCCGCUCAUAAAGGAUGUGCGGCAUGGGUUACUGGUCCUGGCCAUUAUCACCUCGGCUCUCAGUCUAAGUGGGCUGUUCGUGCUGAAUGAGCCACCUAUCCCUCCCACAUUUGCGGGUUCAGUGCGCUCACCCUCACCGAUGGAAGUUUUCAGGGCUUGCGUUGGGAAGACGAGGCCGGGCCAGCUAUAUAUGACGCGGAGACAAGUAAUUGACUUUGCAAUCGUCACUUGGCUAUUUGGGGUAUAUGUCGCAGCAGCGAAUUCGCUCUUUACAUUGGUGAAUGAGAUUUUGGCACCUCACGGAUACUCCUCAAACGCCUCGGGUAACAUGGGUGGUGCAUUCAUUAUUGCAGGCAUUAUUGGAGCCCUGGUCACUUCGCCGCUUUUCGACAGAGUUCUCACACAUCAUCUCGGUAUAACUACGAAAAUUCUCAUACCUAUCAUCGGUGUGGCUUGGUUAUCAUUGAUAUGGGAUGUUCGACCGCACAAUUACGGCGGUUUAUAUGCGGUAUUCGUAGUGAUGGGUGUGGGGUCUUUCAUACUCCUUCCGGUUGCGUUAGAACUCGGUUGCGAAAUCACCUCAAGCCCCGAGGCAUCCUCCUCAAUAUUAUGGGGUGUUGCUAAUGGAUUCUCAGCCAUUUUUGUCGAAGUGAUGGAUGCCCUUCGCGAGGGCAAAGACGCGAGUCCACCGGGGAACAUGCGGCGAUCCUUGAUCUUUUCGGGGGUGUUUACGUUGGUCAGCGCCGUUGUGGUAUUUGGGUUGGAGGCUAGGCAGGCUAGACGGGAGCUAGACGUCGAAAAAGCGCGUCACCGCGCCCAAAACUGAAGCGCAUCUUGUUGAUACCCUUAUUCUGUCUGCAAGUUAUUUGAAAUUUCUCAGGCUUGUGCCCAUUUUCGGCAUGGUUUUUUCUCGGAGUUUAUUGUUAAAUCCGGUUUGUUUACCAACCGAUGUGAAUUCUUGCUUCCGCUCAACCA